ACCUAUGUUUAAUAGUUAACUUGGAAGAAAAGAUGUCAAAGUGUGUUAAAGUGAGAGUGUUGAAGGGUAUGAAUUUAGUUGUUCAAGAUUGGGCAAGUAGAAGCAGUGAUCCAUAUGUUCUACUCAGACUUAGCAAAAAUGAAGCACGCACCAAGGUUGUGGAAAAGAGCCUAAACCCAAGGUGGGAAGAAGAGUUUGUACUGCCCAUAACAGAUUGCUGCCUCAAACUAGAAGUGUGGGAUUGGGAUAGUCCUCGUAAGCUUAAAAGGGAUGACCCUAUGGGAGAAGCUGAAAUAGAUCUCAAUCAUCUUGUUAAUGGAGAUACUCAAAUUGUGUUGCCUACACCAGAAAACUGCUAUUCUAAAAACAGUUACAUUAAGCUAUGUGCAGAUGGUAAGAGAGUUCAAGAAGUGAGUUUGAUGCUUCGUAAGGGUAAAGUUAGUACUGGUGUUGUGGAGCUGCAACUAGAAUAUCCAGCUUAGGAUGAGUAAUGUUUCAAGUUUUCCCCUCUCAUAAAAUCAACACCAUUACUUAUAAUCCACUGUUUGGUCAAGUAAAGGACGUGGUUAUCCUAAAUGCCACCAUUGAUAUAUUUGUUUAAGUAACGUUA